AUGGUUGAGACGCAGAGCACAGCGCAGCAACCUCAGCUCAAGAAAAAGGCCAGUUUUCGAGAUCGUUUAAAGGUCUGGCCAAAACCCAUCCAGAACCCGGAGACGAUCCCGGAAGUGCCAAGGCCAAAAUUCGUUUACGAGCCCACGCAUGCAGCAUCCGACUUCUCGCGGCUAGCCAUCUCGCCAAAGAGCGCGACACGGCAGCAAACAGAGGAGCCAAGCCAGUCCGCCCGCCCAGUGCGGUCUUCGGGCGAGAAUGGAGUGCGCCGCAACUCCCAGAAUGGCAGCCAGCAGGGGUCAGGGCAAGGCUUACGGCGGGAGGAACCGACAAGGAGAAGCUCGCGCGUCGGAAUGAAGCUAAACCCGCGCACGCUGGUUGAAGACCCUUUCCAAGCCUCGCAAGAGGCCGUGCUCGCACCAGUCAACAGCACACCAGUCGCAUGGGAUUUGCGAGUGUCAGGGGAAAUAUCGGCCGGGAGGGAAGACGAAUCCGCUCAGCAACAACCAACAGCACCGUUGACCGAUUAUGAACUCUUUAUCGCCCGCGCCGAAGCUGAGGAACGCGCGCGCCGCGAGCAAAUCCUGCGCAGCAUCUCACAACACUCCGCCGCCGCCGCAGCCCUAAGCCCCAAACCCAACCACGUCAAACCGGACCCGCACAAGCAGUACUACACGUCAACGUCGAUCCCAUCGGAUACGGUCGGCCCGGGCAGCUCACACCACCACCACCAGCGAAACAACAGCACCGGCAACAGCCGAAGCAAAGGCAGCACCGGCAACAGGUACAUGCUCAGCAGCAGCAGGGGAAAUGACGAGCAGCGACCGGCGUUCCGCAAGGGCCAUGUGCAGCGCGCGAGCUGGGCGCCGAGCUACACGACGGGCGGCAGCGAGGCAGAGAAGGUGCUGGUGCGGACCGAAGAGCGGGUCACGGUUCCCCGUCAGCCCGGGCCUUCUCCAAGUCAGGCUCAGGCUGGGUAUGGGGUUGACGGGCAGCCGCAACCGCAGAGAAUGCUGCGCAGGCAGGCUAGUCUCACGCAGAGGAUUGCGAAUUACAUACGGCCGGCGAAGGGUGUGGGAACGAGAGCAGGAAGGGUUGGGCAUAUUGGGACACUGGUUGAGUAG